AGGUGUCGGCCCGUUGUGCGUGCGACGUGUUGAGGGACGGAUUGUCGGAGAUAUUAGCGAGGUUAUCGUGCCAAUUCGAAACAAGGAAGACAUAAACACAAAUUUUUAGUUGAAUCGAAACACGUCACGUAGAUGAGCAACGCAGCCAUGUCAUCGACAGUGACGAAAACGAGCAAGUACGUGUAUCGAUCGACAGGCGGGCACGGCGCCGACAUCUCCAUCGAGUAUGGCACCGACACCGGCGCCUUCACCAGACUCGAGGACAAGAUCCGGUUGCUGCAGGAGGACUUGGAGUCGGAGAGGGAACUCCGGCAAAGGAUCGAGAGGGAGAAGGCGGAUCUGAGUGUGCAAGUCAUCCAAAUGUCCGAGCGCUUGGAAGAGGCUGAAGCUGGCACCGACUGCCAGAUCGAGUCCAACAAGAAGCGGGACAUGGAAUUGAUGAAACUGCGGAAGUUGCUGGAGGAUGUGCACAUGGAGUCUGAAGAGACUGCUCACAUGCUGCGCAAGAAGCACCAGGAAUCUUUGCAGGACCUGCAAGACCAACUGGACCUUGCCAUGAAAUCCAGGGCCAAGAUUGAGAAGGAAAAGGGUAAGAUGCAACAGGAAAUCUACGAGCUGCUGAACCAGAUCGAGUCGUCGAACAAGGACAAGAUUACAGCGAUGAAGACUGCCGAGAAGAUGGAAAUCACGGUGCACGAGCUGUCCAUUCGCAUUGAAGAGCUGAACAGGACCAUCAUUGACAUCACGUCCCACAAGUCGCGGAUUUCGCAGGAGAACAUCGAGCUGGUCAAGGAAGUGCAAGAACUCAAAAUUUCAAUUGAAAACGUUUCUUAUGCCAAGAGCCAAAUCGCGACUCAGUUCGAGGACUGCCGUCGGCGAUUGGAGGACGAGGAACGG